AUCGAUGACUCGUUUCGUCGACAACACACGAGGGUUUUCGAGCUACGUUGUGUUUUUCAACAGCAGAUAAAAAAAUGGGGAAACAGAAGAAGCAGAAAUAUGCUGUGAUGAAAAAGAUGAUAAGCUUAAAGGAUCAAAGAAUAAAGGAGAAGGAUCGACAAAAAACGGUGAAAAAGAAGAAAGUAGAUCCAUCAGCCAUCACAGAACGAGAAGUGCCAAAGUAUCCAUCAUGUAUGUUCUUCCAGUACAACACACAGCUUGGUCCUCCCUAUCACAUCCUCGUGGACACAAACUUCAUCAACUUCUCCAUAAAGGCCAAACUUGAUUUGGUUCAGUCAAUGAUGGACUGCCUCUACGCUAAAUGUAUUCCUUGCAUCACAGACUGUGUCAUGGCUGAGCUUGAGAAACUUGGGAUGAAAUACAGAGUUGCCUUGAGAAUAGCCAAAGACCCUCGUUUUGAUCGCUUGCCAUGCUCACAUAAGGGAACAUAUGCUGAUGACUGCUUGGUACAAAGGGUAACUCAGCAUAAGUGUUAUAUUGUGGCCACAGUGGACAGAGAUCUGAAAAGGAGAAUCCGGAAGAUCCCAGGAGUCCCAAUCAUGUACAUCUCUAAUCACAGGUAUAACAUCGAACGAAUGGCAGAUGAUUACGGUGCACCAAGAUUAUAGUAGAGUAAUGAUGGAAGCGAACAAUUUUUUUUUUUUAAAUUCUGUAAUAAACCAGAAAAUUGUAUUCUCACAUAAUUCAACAUUUUUUAUAUUAUUUUUAUUAUUUUUUUAUUUUUUUGCACAUUUGGCUUUUCCAUGAAUUUUUGCCUUUUUCCCCUUCUGUACAACAAGUCAAAUAUUUGGAUAAAUAAAUAUGUAAUAAUGUGAA